AUGCCUUCUUUUCGCCUCUGGCUUUCCUCGGCACUCGCGUUCGCGGCGACUGUGAGGGGUCAAGAUGCCACAGAACAGGUUGAGGCAGCUCUCGCGGCCCUUACUGUUACCAACGUCGACGAUGUUCGUGGUAACCUGUACCUGCCAACUGCCAUCAAUGGCAUCAACAUUACCUGGGCGAGCAACGCGUCUUCUAUCAUCUCGGAUGACGGCGUUGUGAAGAGGCAAACUGAAGAUGCUCAAGUCGCUCUCACCGCCACGAUCGAAUAUGACGGCGUGAGUCAACAGAAGGAUUUCGUUGCAUCUGUCCGCAAAGCCGUUGUCCUUGACCCCUUUGAGGGAUACGCGUUCUCUUACUUCACUGGAAGUACAAUUGCCGGAGAAAAUAUUUUCUUUGCUGCUAGCCAGGGCAAUGACGCUUUGGACUGGACGGAGCUGAACGGUGGCCAACCCACUUUGACUUCAUCCUACGGCACAAAAGGUCUUCGGGAUCCGUUCCUCAUUAGAUCUCAUGAAGGCGACACCUUUUAUCUGAUCGCGACUGAUUUGUCGAUUGGUUCCGGUACAUCCUGGGGCGACUCCGUCAGGAUCGGUAGCCGAUACCUCGAAGUUUGGGAGUCGAAUGAUCUCAUAAACUGGUCUGCCCAACGUCAUGUCCUGGUCUCCCCUCCCGAAGCAGGAAACACCUGGGCUCCAGAGGCUUACUAUGACGAGGAUCUUGGUGCAUACUUGGUUUUCUGGGCCUCAUCUCUGUACGAAGACAGCGACUUGAACCGCACUGGUAGCACCUACCACCGCAUGCUCUACGCAACAACUCGAGAUUUCGUCACCUUCAGCGAUACGCAGACUUGGCAAGACGCCGGUAUGUCGCGCAUCGACUCGACCGUCAUCAAAUCCGAUGGCACUUACUACCGUUUCACCAAGGAUGAGGGUGCUAGCGGCACCGGAUGCAGCGAUAUCAUCCAAGAAAGCUCAACAUCCCUCCGUGCCACCCUGGAUUCUUGGACCAUCAUCGAUUCUUGCAUCGGAAAGAAGGCAGGAACCAGCGCUGUCGAGGGGCCGACCUCUUUCAAAUCCAACCCAGGCGAUGUGCAUGGCGAGAAGUUCUACCUUUUCGUUGAUGAAUACGGCGGCCGUGGUUACAUCCCCCUGGAGACUACCGACAUUGGCAAUCCCGAUUGGACUGUAUCAAGCUCUUACAAUCUCCCUUCAAGCCCGCGUCAUGGCACCGUGAUCCCCGUCACUGCAUCCGAACUUGCUGCACUGACGGGAACCACAACAACUCGUCGAGAUGUCAGCGCAGAUGAAGAAAUCCUUCGCUAUGAUUUCUCUUCGGUUGACGGUACCACAGUUCAGGACGUUUCGGGUAAUGGCAAUAACGCAGUCAUCAAUGGCGGAGCGACCAUCACGGACGGUGCUCUGACAUUCGACGGCGUUGAUGACUAUGUCAAGUUGCCUGACAACAUCAUCGCUGGCGUCACAAACGUUGCAAUUGAGGCAAAGGUCCUUGUCGAUGCUUCUCAACAGACGCCAUACUUUAUCUACGGUCUCGGAAACACGGUCUCUGGUUCUGGAAACGGUUAUCUCUUCUCCACCGGAAACCCCUACAGGGCAUCGAUUACCACCGGCAACUGGACGGGUGAGAAGACGUCUUCCUCUGGAUCUCAGCUCCCUUCAGGAACUUGGCUGCACUUGGUCUUUACUCAGCAAGGCCGCACAACUGUGAUUUACCUCAAUGGCUACGAGGUUGCAAGAAAUGAGGAUGUCAACAUCAAUCCAAGCAACAUUGGUAACGGCGUCACGACUGCAAACUACAUCGGCCGGUCGCUUUACGACAGUGACAAGCUUUUCAAGGGCCAGUUCAAGGAAUUUGCCAUCUUCAACAGGUCUUUGAGCGCAGCUGAAGUUCUUUCUCGCUCAGGAAACGUCGGUGCCAUCACUGAGGUUGCCCUUGCCGAUAGCGCUGCCCAAAAGGUCCCUCCCAUCAUCAACACCACCGACAACAAGGUCUUAUUCCCGGUUUACCCUGGUACUGACAUCGCCAAUCUGGCUCCGGUUUUCACAACUACAGAAGGAGUGACUUCAUCUCCCGCAUCCGGCACACCUGUCGACCUUACUUCCGAGGUCAAGUACGUCUUGACCAAGGGCGAUGAGGUCGUGGCUGAGUGGGAGAUCAAGGCUGUUGAGAUGGGAAGUCCUGUUCUCCCUGGUUUGUAUGCCGACCCGAACAUCGCCGUAUUCAACGGAGAAUACUAUCUCUACGUGACUACAGAUGGUGUUCCUGGUUGGGGUGGCAACAAGUUCUACGUCUGGAAGUCGAGUGAUCUUGUCACCUGGACCCGAAGCGAGGACCCCUUCCUCGUUCUCGAUGGAACUAAUGGCAACGUUCCCUGGGCCAAUGGCAAUGCCUGGGCCCCAACAAUUGCCGAACGCGACGGAAAGUAUUACUUCUACUUCAGUGGGAACAACAUUGCCUUGAACACGAAGACCAUCGGUGUUGCUGUGUCUGACUCGCCCGAGGGCCCAUUCACUGCUGAGCCGGAAGCAAUGAUUCUCAACAACGAAGCUAUCACUGCUUCUCAAGCGAUCGACCCAGCUGCUUUCCAGGACCCUGUCUCUGGCAAGUACUAUAUCUAUUGGGGCAACGGCCGUCCUCUUGUGGCUGAACUCAAUGAUGACAUGGUGUCGGUCAACUGGGAUACACUGCAAGCCAUGACGGGGCUAGUGGACUUCAGAGAGGGCUUGUUCGUCGUUUACCGCCAAGAUCUCUACCACCUUACCUACUCGAUAGACGACACGGGAUCCGAAAACUACCGUGUUGGAUACGCUACGUCUGAAAACUUCUCUGGUCCUUGGCAAUACCAUGGUGUUGUUCUGCAAAAGGAUACCUCUCAAGGCAUCCUUGGCACCGGCCACAACUCCAUGUUCAACGUUCCUGGUACUGACGAUUGGUACAUUGCAUACCAUCGCUUCCAGAUUCCUGGCGGUGGCGGAUACAUGCGCGAGACCACUAUUGACCACGUUUACUUCGACGAGAACACCGGUCUCAUCAAACCUGUUGUGCCGACGCUCACCAGUGUUGAGCCGCAGACUGUCCCGCAAAAGAUUCGUAGACGGUCAAGGAUUAUGCGUUUGUAA